GGGGGAGGGAAACCCUUUCAUACACAGGCUGGGUAGCAAGGGCUGGCUGCCAAAUUUAUUUAUGUUUUUAAACAAAUGCUCUCUCGGAUAAUCUGCGUGCGGGGAGCCUAAAAAACUGUUGGAGGGUUUAGCGGAAAGUGUCUUGUAACUUUUUUGAGGGAAGCAACAACAACAAAAAAGUGAAAGGAAAACAGAAAAGCAGCGAGUUGACUGCUCUGCCGAUCCCACCUGCCAAACGCCGGCGGAGCGGAGCGCUGGUCCGUCUGUCUGUCUGUCCGUCUGUCUGGCUGCCGAGCCCGCCGAUCACAUGCAGCCCCGUCCUGCCCCCUCCCUCCGCAGCCUCCGUCCCGCUGCGCAACUUCGGCAAAACUACCCCAAAGCGGCGGCUCUUUGCUGCUCCAGCCCUCUAGAAGGGGAGUUUCCCGGCUGCCAAGGCUCUCUGUUUUCCCCUCUUUCCAAAUAAAGUUCUGGGAUUUGCAGAGAUUUAUGCAAAAGCAAAGGAUAAUGAUUGCCCCGAGCAAGAAAAACUCAUGUUCUUCUCAGCUCUGCUUCGCUCUCUGCGCCUUUGGGCUGGUGCUGCUGGGGGAUGUGUCCCAGGCUGUACCCAUGGACGAUCAGGAUUAUUACCUGCAGGAGAUUAGCAACAGAGAUCAUUAUUAUUCCUUCCCGUAUCCUGGUGAAGAGUUUUUUCCUUUCACGGAGCAACCUGGAGAGGAAGGACCCGUCCGUGCUGCAGAGACAGAGGAGCACCCAGGGUUCAAACCCAGCAGGAAAGAGUUAAAACCGAAGAAAAACAACAAAAAAGGAAAAGCCAUUCUUGAAACUCCACCAGAUUGUCCUCCACUUGGUCUAGAGACAUUAAAAAUUACUGACUUCCAACUCCACGCCUCUACAGCAAAGCGGUACGGCCUUGGGGCCCACAGAGGAAGGCUUAAUAUUCAGGCAGGUGUUAAUGAAAAUGAUUUUUAUGAUGGUGCUUGGUGUGCAGGAAGAAACGACCCUUAUCAGUGGAUUGAAGUAGAUGCUCGAAGGCUAACAAAAUUCACUGGAGUCAUCACACAAGGAAGAAACUCUCUUUGGUCGAGUAACUGGGUGACCUCUUACAGAGUAUUGGUGAGCAAUGACAGUCAUGCAUGGACUGCUGUCAGAAAUGAAUCUGGAGAUGUGAUUUUUGAAGGAAACAGUGAGAAAGAGAUCCCAGUUCUCAAUAUGUUGCCGGUGCCACUGGUUGCACGUUAUAUCCGUAUAAAUCCUCGGUCCUGGUUCGAAGAAGGCAGCAUCUGUAUGAGACUGGAAAUCUUAGGGUGUCCUUUGCCAGACCCAAAUAAUUAUUACCACAGAAGAAAUGAAAUGACAACCACAGAUAAUCUUGACUUUAAGCAUCACAACUACAAGGAAAUGAGGCAGUUGAUGAAAACUGUGAAUAAAAUGUGCCCGAAUAUCACCAGAAUUUACAAUAUUGGAAAAAGCAACCAAGGACUAAAGCUGUAUGCUGUCGAGAUUUCUGAUAACCCCGGAGAACACGAAGUUGGCGAACCAGAAUUUCGAUACAUUGCAGGAGCUCACGGGAAUGAAGUGCUUGGCCGUGAGCUAAUCCUGUUGCUAAUGCAGUUCAUGUGUCAGGAGUACCUGGCUGGGAACCCGCGCAUUGUCCAUCUAAUUGAAGACACCAGAAUCCACCUCCUGCCCUCAGUCAACCCGGACGGAUAUGACAAAGCUUAUAAAGCGGGUUCAGAAUUAGGGGGCUGGUCUUUAGGACGAUGGACUCAGGACGGCAUUGACAUCAAUAAUAAUUUUCCUGAUUUAAACUCUUUGCUCUGGGAGUCCGAAGAUCAGAAGAAAAGAAAAGUUCCGAACCAUCACAUCCCGAUCCCUGACUGGUACCUGUCCGAAAACGCCACCGUGGCAGUCGAGACACGGGCAAUAAUAGCCUGGAUGGAAAAAAUCCCUUUUGUGCUGGGCGGCAAUUUGCAGGGAGGAGAGCUGGUGGUGGCGUACCCCUACGAUAUGGUGCGGUCGAUGUGGAAAACCCAGGAUUACACACCUACCCCAGAUGACCAUGUCUUUCGCUGGCUUGCGUAUUCCUACGCGUCCACGCACCGCUUGAUGACAGAUGCAAGGAGGAGAGCGUGUCACACAGAGGAUUUCCAGAAAGAGGAUGGCACCGUUAAUGGAGCCUCCUGGCAUACCGUGGCUGGAAGUAUAAAUGACUUCAGUUAUCUGCACACAAACUGCUUUGAGCUAUCCAUCUAUGUUGGCUGCGACAAGUAUCCCCACGAGAGUGAGCUGCCUGAGGAAUGGGAAAACAACCGCGAGUCCCUGAUCGUUUUUAUGGAACAGGUACAUCGAGGCAUCAAAGGCAUAGUAAGAGAUGUGCAUGGAAAAGGAAUCCCAAAUGCUGUUAUUUCAGUAGAAGGUGUUAACCAUGACAUUCGCACAGGAGCCGAUGGGGAUUACUGGCGCCUUCUCAACCCGGGGGAAUACGUGGUGGGUGUGAAGGCGGAGGGCUACACCAGUGCCACCAAGACCUGUGAAGUCGGCUACGACAUGGGAGCGACCCAGUGCGACUUCACCAUCUCCAAAACCAACCUGGCGAGGAUCAAGGAGAUCAUGAGGAAGUUUGGGAAGCAACCGAUCAGCCUGUCCAUGCGGCGGCUCAGGCAGAGGGCCCGGCAGUGGCGGCAGCGGCGAUAGGUCCCGGUGUCCAUGAGCUUCUAUCAGCCUGGCCGUAGUUGUAGUGAGAGUUACAUAGCCCAUCUCUUCAUACGUAUUUCUCUGCACAAGGCCUUUCUGUUAGCGGAGCUGGACAAAUAGUGGGGUUUUUCAGUUUGGCAAAAAGUCGGAAAAAAAAUGAAAGUGUAACCAAAAUCAGCCCUGGGUUGGGUGGACAGUCAGGAAGAAUGCAGAAGGAUGUCUUGAGUGAACCUGGAAGGAAGUUUUUUGCUUGUUGAGUUAUUUAAUCCUUUGUAAAACUGUUUUCUUUAAAAAUAGAAGAAAAAAAAAAGAUACUUAUAAAGGAAAAGUGUCAUUUUGCAUGAAAAACUGAAAAAUGUUGUUUCUAAAGUAUAAAAUUGGUAUAUUUUUACAAUUCAAAAGCAGUUGUGAUGCUCUUUACAUUUUAGUCUCAUAUGGGAGGAAAGCUGAGAGCGGACAACUUCUGCUGAAUAUCUUUAAAAUUUGUGUCAGAAUUUCAGUCCCCCUUUCCAUGAUAAUCCACCUUUUGCCAACCACCAUAAUAUUUGGGGAAAAAACCUGAAGCGAAUAACCCACCUGUGCUUUCCUGCUUGGGUUGUUCAUACUUAAGGGUAUCUUGUGAUUCUUGAGUUUAAUGCCAGGAGUGAUUUCUCCUCUGGCUUUUUAAGGCUGUGUUUUUACUCCAUGAACUAAACCUAACAAGAAGUGCAUGGGACAAAGACCACUGUGGUGUGGCAGCCUCUCUCUAACCCGGGAAAAAGACUUGAAGCGAAGCUUUUCUUGCGGAUACAGCUGGUUGUAUCACGUUUAUAUUAAUAAGGGGAGAGGUUUGGUCACUGGUAUGUCCGUAGUUCAAAAAAUCCACCUAUAUAUAUAUAUGUAUUUUUUUUUAAUUUUGACCUGCCUAAAAGUGCCUUUUGUGCUCAUGCACACCUUGCGCCACUGUCUUCCAUGACGUGCAAUGGAUUUUGUGUUCUCUGCACGGUCUGCUCAUCUUGCCACUGCAGCUGCCACUGCUUUUCUGGCCUUACGACUCUAUGGGGGAAGGAUUUGUGCUUUAUUAUUGGCUUUUCAGCAACAAAAAUGUACAGCAGGAUAGGAAUGAGGUUCAGGAAAGAUGCAGAUCAGGUCUGGGAAAGAAUGAACUAAACAAACACUGGACAAAGUAUCAGCUGGUGAAAAACAACUUUGCUCCAUUAGCUUCAAUGUUAUGACCGUAGUUAUACCAAACGAAGGGCCAGCUGUAUGAUUUUAGACAGUCAAAAGUCUGUGGCUAAAUAAACAUCUCUUAAUAUGCUUGGUAGAAAGACUGCGGCAUACACUUCCAAAUGCAGUUCUGUUUAAAACAUUUUAAUUGCUAUUACAGUUUUUGUCUAUUUGAUAUGGUUCUUGGAAAAGACAUUCACCAAAGUAUCAUUCAAGACUGAGAAAAAAUAAAGUGCAAGUAGAAAACUUACUGUUAGAAUACCA